GCCAUUCAGACGACAGAAAACCUAACCACUUAAAAGCAUUUUUUGAUUGAGUGGGGAUUCAAAUUCACAGGAAUUGUUUUAUGAGCUUGACCAGUCUAUUUUUUCCUGACCUCGCCAAGAAAACAGUUGUUACAGAUGUCUGAGAUGAGUGCUGUGCAGGAAAACACAAGUCCUCUGUUCAGGAAGUCAACAUGACUCUCCUCUAUACACGAAGUUCUAUUUUAAAGCACGGUGACAUUGGCAUCAACUAAAGCUUUCGGUGACCAUGAAACACCACAAUGAACAGCUAUUGUGUCACUGUGAAACAUCACUUUUGGCUAGGGAAUACUUCUGGAUGCAGAAAAUCUGCUCUGUGGAUAGGAAAAUACAGAUGUGAAUUGACAAUUUCCACAACUCUUACCUCUGUCAUCAAGAGCAAGACAUCGCUCUAUCAAGGACUGAUUUGUCAGAAUGCAAGGGUGUCGUUAAAAGUGGUUCUAUGGUGACAUUAUGACUGAUAUUAUUUUGAGUGAAGUUCAAGUCAGAUGAGGAAACAAUUAUAAAUCACAUCCAUGGUCAAUUGUGCGAAAUUUAAGAUUUAGCCCUGUUGCAAGAAAUCUUCCGCUAAGGUUGACAAAAUGUUUCCUCUGCACGAAGCGGUUCAAAAUGGCGACUUGGAUGAAGUCAAGCGUCUCGUUCUGCAGGGGGAAGACAUCAAUGCAAAGAACGAUACGGGCUGGAUGGUGCUACACUGUGUAGCUAGGUCAACAGACGUCAAAGUUGCAGAGUAUUUAGUGAGCCGGGGUGCUGACGUAAACGGUAACACUGACGGUGGAAAUAACGCUUUGUUGUUUUGCUCCACUCAGGGCAACAUCGACAUGGUGAAAUGUUUGGUGAAUCUUGGAGCGGAUAUUAACUCUAGAAAUAAGUUCGGUUUUAAUGCGUUGCACAAGGCAUCGCAGUCAACAAACUUAAACCUCAUAGAUUACCUAGUCACUCACGGUUUGGAUGUGAAUUCGAGAACUUUUAAAGGCAGUACCGCGUUACUUCUAUCUUCAACUAAAGGUUAUCUGGACAUGGUAAAAUGUUUACUCAGACUGGGCGCUGACAUCAGCUCAAUGGACAAGGCUGGGUUUAAUGUUUUACACAGGGCCAGUCAAUCGACUAAUACUGAUCUCGUAGCAUAUCUGGUCAGUCAGGGGCUGGACGUUAAUUGCCAAACCACUCAGGGUGACAACCCAAUACUUCUUUCCACAGCAAAAGGUGAUACAGGCAUGGUCAAGUGUCUGAUAAGUCUAGGUGCCGAUAUAAACUCGGAGGAUACUAUGGGAUGCAACGUAAUGCACCAGGCAUCCUUAUCAAACAAUCCUGCCCUUGUAGAAUAUCUGGUCAGUCGGGGUUUUGAUGUGAAUUGCAAAAGUACUCUCGAGGAUGACCCAUUGCUACUUUCAUCAGGUCAAGGUCAAUUAGAAAUGGUGAAAUGUUUGAUGCGAUUGGGAGAAGAUAUCAAGACGUUGGACAUGUUGGGAUACAGUGUCUUGCACAAGGCUUCGAAAUCAAACAAUCCUGACCUCGUGGAAUACCUUGUCGGUCAGGGUUUGGAUGUGAAUAGUAAAACACUUGACGAGGUCACGCCGCUGCCCUUGUCAGCUGAGACGGGUCACUUAGGCGUGGUCAAGUGUCUCAUCAGACUUGGGGCUGAUAUAAACUCCGAGGAUAUCCUUGGCUACAAUGCAUUGCACAGAGCUUCUGAAUCGAACAAUCCUGAGAUUGUGGAAUAUCUGGUCAGUCAGGGUUUGGAUGUAGAAUGUAAGGUAUUCAAUGACGCCACUCCAUUAAUUCUGUCGUCGGGGAGAGGUGAUAUAGAUAUGGUGAAAUGCCUGAUUGGCCUGGGUGCAAACAUAAACAGCAGGGAUACAAACGGGCAGACUGCGUUGCACAGGGCGUCUAAAUCUAUCAACCCUCAGCUCGUAGAGUACCUAGUCAGUCAGGGUUUGGAUGUGGACUGUAAAACUCCCGAUGGAGUCUCUCCAUUAGUGGCCUGCUCCUCAAAUGGAAACAUGACCAUGGUGAAGUGCCUGAUCGAUCUGGGGGCAGAUAUAAACUCCACAGACCAGAAUGGGUUCAACGCCAUCCUCUCCGCAUCGAUCUCUAAUAAUCCUGACCUCGUGCAAUAUCUCGUAGCUCAGGGUCUGAGUGUCAAUUCAAAAUCAUUUGAGGAAGGUACCCCGUUAACUCUAUCAUGUUGGAAAGGUAAUUUGGACAUGGUGAAACGUCUGAUUGGUCUCGGGGCUGACACCAUCUCAACAGACAGGAACGGGUACAAUGCGAUGCACUGGGCUUCUCUUUCAGGUAAUCAUGCACUGGCAGCUUAUCUUGUCCGUCAGGGUUGCAAUGUGAACUGUAAAACGCCCGGAAAUGACACUCCAAUAUCUUUAUCAUCGAACAAAGGUGACCUUGAAAUGGUGAAAUUUCUAAUCAGCCUUGGGGCUGACAUAAACUCCGAGGACAGAAGUGGGUUAAAUUUGCUUCAUCAGGCAUCACAAUCAACAAAUCAAAACCUUGUUGAAUUCCUGGUCAGUCAGGGCUUAGAUGCAAACAGUAAAACAGCUGUAGGAAAGACCCCACUGCUUUUAUCAACAGAGAAAGGCAACAUGGGCAUGGUGAAAUGUCUGAUCAGGCUUGGGGCUGAUAUCAGCUCCAGGGAUCAGUAUGGGCAGAAUGUAAUGCACCUGGCAACUUUAUCAACCAAUACUGACCUUGUGGAAUAUCUGGUCAGUCAGGGUUUAGACGUGAAUAGCGAAACUCUUGAGGCAGUUACUCCGUUAUUACUGUCAUCAUGGAAAAGUGACCUGGACAUGGUGAAAUGUCUGAUCAGGCUGGGGGCUGAUAUCAACUCAAUGAAUACAAGAAGCUGGGGGGCAAUGCACUACGCAGCCAAAUCAUCCAAUCCAGCACUCUUGGAACAGCUGGCUGAUCUGGGGCUGGAUGUGAAUGGGAAAUCUAUAGAUGACACAACUCCAUUACAAAUAUCUUCAGAUAUAGGCAACAUGGACAUGGUGAAAUGUCUGAUCAGACUCGGGGCUGAUAUAUAUGCCAUGGAUAAGCUUGGAUGCAACGUUCUUCACCGGGCAUCCAUAUCUAAGAAUCCCGACCUCGUGAAUUAUCUGGUAAGUCUCGGUCUUGAUGUGAAUGGUACAACUACAUAUGGCCUUACUCCGUUAUCGAUGACUUCAGAUAAAGGAGACAUGGACAUGGUGAAAUGCUUGAUUGGAUUGGGUGCUGAUGUCAACACCAAGGAUACACAAGGAUAUACUGUGAUGCACAUGGCAUCUCUCUCGACCAAUCUGGAACUAAUAGAGCACCUAGUCAAUGAGGGACUGGAUGUGAACUGUAAAACAUUUGACUAUUUCACUCCACUGUUGCUUUCAUCAGAAAGAGGCAACAUGGAGAUGGUGAAAUGUCUGAUCAGAUUCGGGGCUGAUAUCAACGCAGUGGACAAGAUCGGCUACAACGUCUUGCACAAGGCAUCAAUCUCAAGCAAUCCUGAUCUUGUGGAGUAUCUCAUCAGUCAGGGUUUGGAUGUGAACAGUAAAACCUUUGGUUUCUUUACCCCUCUUUUGUUGUCGUCUGAACGAGGUAACCUGGAUAUUGUGAAAUGUCUGAUCAGGCUGGGCGCUGACAUCAACACAGUGGAUAUAAAAGGUGCAAAUGUAAUAUACUGGGCAUCCAAGUCCUGCAAUCCUGGCCUGGUGAAAUACCUGGUCAGUCAGGGAUUGGAUGUGAAUUGUAGAAACCUCGACAGCAUCUCUCCGCUGUGUCUGGCAUCGCAUGAAGGCAACAGGGACAUGGUGAAAUGUCUAAUUGAACUUGGGGCCGAUAUCAACUACAAGGACAGAAUAGGGGCUAAUGCCCUGCACAGGGCAUCUCUUUCACACAAUCCUGACGUCACAGAAUAUCUCGUCAGUCAAGGUUUGGAUGUGAACUGUAAGACACUUGAGGAGUUUACUCCGCUAGGUCUAGCAUCAAAUCUCGGCAACAUGGAGAUGGUGAAAUGUCUGAUCAAACUCGGGGCUGAUAUCAACAUCAAGGAUAAGAAAGGAUUCAAUCUGCUGCACAGGGCAUCUCAAGCAACGAACACAGACCUUGUUGAAUAUCUGGUCGGUCAGGGUGUUGAUAUAAAUUGUAAAGCCGAAGGCGAGAAUAUCUCUGUAUCACCACUGUCAUUGGCAUCAAGCGAAGGCAACCUUGACAUGGUCAAAUGUCUGAUUAGCCUGGGUGCUGACAUGAUGACCAAGGAUAAGGAAGGGUACAGUGUGCUACACAGGGCGGCAACAUCAACCAAUCCUGACCUAGUAGAAUAUCUAGUAAGUCAGGGUGCUGAUGUGAACUGUAAAGAUGAGGGUGGUUCGACUCCAUUCCACUUGUCGUUCUUGCUCAAAGAUGAUGAUACAACAUCCUACCUAAUCAAUAUUACGGAUGCGGUGCACUCAUUUCACCCAUGGCACCCACUCCCUACUGGUGCGGAGCUUGGGUUUACCUCUGGUACCCGGCUGCUCCUUGACGUGGCCAAUACACAAAUCUCACAGUCUGAACUCGACCGUGCUCUGCAACUGAGUUGCUGCUACGGCCAAACCGAUGUCGCAAGAUUACUGCUACUGAAAGGGGCUGACACUAACACAGGUGACCAUCUUGGACGAAAGCCACUGAAGUUCUCACCUUUUUCUACAUUUAUCGAUUACGAGAAAGUAUUCUCUACCAGUAUGUCGCAAAUGCUCAAAACCCCAAUGGAACUCAUCACUAGGUUACCAGGCAUCGGUAGUGUCAGGGUGAUCCCACACAAUUAUGCACAAGUGGUCCACAUCGACAUUUUGAAUUUCUACGACAAUCUACCAUUCGCAGGUGAAAUGUUCACCAAUGCCAUAAAGAGGCAAUGUGGGAGUGCUGCUGAGGGCUGCCGAGUAGGCCUCCCCAACGAAAUGGAUAUUCUGUUCAUCAUUCACUCCACCGGAAUAGUCUGCACAACACCGAUAUGCUCUGGAUACUUGCAGUAUUCACGGCAAGGAGACAAGCUAUUAGAAAGGGGAAGUAAAAGUUUCCAUGAAACUUUUUUCAAGGAACUGCAGUCAGUCGUGCAAACUGGUUAUAGAACGGAGAGAGUAAGCAUAUAUGAAGCUGGGAAAUUACAUAGCUACACAAAAAUGAUGAAUCGCAAGGCAUGUACUCCUAUGUUACCGAUGUGGUGUGAUGGGUUGAAUGUUCUUUUUGUUUCUGUUGACACAGUGCCGUGUGUUCACAUCAAUGACUGGCGUGACGAAUUUAUCGCCCGGACGUGGCUGAUGGAUCGCUCUGAACUGCAGUUGCGAGGAUACCUCCUGGUGCCAAAACCACCUCACAGGAAAAGUAAGCUUGCCAAACAAUUCACUCAGAAAGAACUGAAUGAAAUGUGGAGGAUUUCAUUCGCACAUCUUGAAGUUGAACACAUCAGCAGAUUGGAAGACAGAAUCAAAGAUGUUUACAUCACAGCCAAAUGUUUGAGGAACCCAGAUGUGUGUCGCAUCAUGAUUACUGAAGGUGAAGGUUUACCAAAGAAUGUUGAUGACUAUAUCAGUAGUUAUGUACUGAAGUCAAUAUUUUUGAAAAAUGUGGAGGGUUUUAUCGAGUUGGACCUGAGUCUUGGUGAGAUGGUGUGUAAGGUGUAUGAUGACGUAGACGACGCCUUCCACAAGGGCUUCAUUCCCAUGUUCUUCGCACCAAAGUUCAAUGUCAUCGAUGGAUUCAAACUUGACUUGGCCAAGAGUGCCAAAGUAGCCAGUGUAAUGAAAGCAUUUGUGAGGAGGUUGCAUAACGGGGGAAAGGAUGCUGCAGACCUCUGUGCUGUUCCCAUAGAAACAGAGGAGUGGACAUACACUGCAUUUGACAUAAUCAGCAACCAAACUACCACAUGGAAGAUUAAAAACAUUCCAAAGGCAGAUGCCCCUUGGCAACGGUGGUUUCGGUGGGCUAGAGAUCAGGUGAGGUUGGCGCUGCCUCGUCUUAUUUCAUUGGGUGUCGGGACAUGCAGACUAUUCCGGCACCACUCAGACCUGACAGGGUACCCAAGUAUUUUUGGUCAGGGUCAUUUGAUUGGCAGUAUCCUUGUAGCCUUAUUGGCUGGGCUAGUCACAUAUUUAUCCUGGUAGCUUUGCUGACUCUAACAAACUUCAAAAUUAACCCAUGGACUUACCAUUGUGAGAUCAUCAUUGUCUAUCGUCACAUCAAAUGUGAUUUCCAUUUCAUGAUCCGGGAAGGCUGGAUGGCCGCUGUCAGGAUCCACCCCGAGGCCACACAGCACACCAAUAUAUUUAGUCCUUGCUGAAU